AUGACCGUAAGCACAGGCGCUGGCGGCAGCCAGAGUCAGCGCAGUCCGCGCUCAUCGUCGCUGGCUGUGCCGUCCACUUCCGCCGCUGUCGACCAACGAGGCUCUCUGACGCCAGGCGUCUAUUCGGAAGAGCCGCCGAAUUUCGAAGUCUCGGCCGCCGCCCACAAAUCUGCCUCCCCGUCUUCCUCGCUCGAUCCGACAGCGUCUCACCCUUUCGCUUCUUCCUCCACCACGGACAACGAAAACGAUCUCCUAUCCUCCUCCACUGCCGCACCCUCAUCGCAACAGUCCAGCGGCGACUAUUUCAAAGGUGCCGCGCCAUCGUCCAAUCUUCCUGCUACGGACGCGAGCUCGUCUGCCAAGUCGAUCCCUGGCGAACAUACGUCCCACAGUCAAUUGCAGCGCGAUAGCCAAAAGGCCGAGGAGGGCAUCAUCUCGGCCUCCCUCUCCUCCUCCCUAGCGCCUCCGACAUCCAACGAAUCCGGUGACGCUGCUGGCCAACUGCCCACCUUCACAAACGGCAGCAAGAUGGUGGCUUCUCCCGGCUCCUUCGCUCCGCAGAAUAAGAUCUCGAUGCGUCCUGAUGGCAUCGGCGGCAUGGGUCUUGGUACCGCCGCUACCGGCGACCUCGGCGCAAAGGCUGAAUUCGAAACGCUCGACGAUAUGCGCAAUGUGGUCAAGCACCUCGAGGACGAUUUCAACGCAAAGCAUCCCGGGAUGCCCUUGAGCGGUCGCAUCAUCCACGUCAGCCACUACAUUCCCUUCGAGAUCCGUCCACUUGCUGAGGUCGACUUCGAGCGUCAACGAGAGGAGAGGCUAGCUGCCACCGCAAGCGUCGCCGCCAUGGCAGCUGCCGCUCGUGCGCGCAAAGCUGCCAAACUGGCCGCACAGGCCGAAAAGCGCGAAAUGGAGGCACAGCGCGAGCUUCAGCGUCAAGUUGGCUUGCAGGAGAUCGCUUCGCGCAAGAACAGCUUCCGUGCCGCUUCGCGCAGAUCCUCGUUCGCAACAGGCUUUGGCAUGACCGGUCUCGAGGGACAAGACUUCGAAGCACGGCUGCGAGAAAACCAGGAUCGCUCCAGACGACGUGCCGGUCGAAGGGCAUGGAUGAUGACCGAGGUCGUCGACGACACCAGCGAGUGCUCGGAAGACGACCGCUUCACACCCGUCGGAUCACGCAGAGGCUCCAUGUGGUCUGCAGCAAGUCGCGGAAGCUUCAGCAGCUUCAACCAGGAGCCUUGGAGACAGUGGGGCGGUAUCAGCGACGCAAACAGUCCGUUCGUCGAUUCGCCCCCGACGGCAGCUCCUCAGCCGCAGUGGGUGCUCACGGCACGACGCGGACAUACGGCGCUCAAUAGCGGCAUUCGCAGCCUGUGCAGCACUCAUCGUCAGACGUUCAUCGGGUGGCCAGGUGACAUCCACUACGCCGUACAGGCGCGCGAUGACCACCGCACCGAUCCUUCCGAGACUACCGAUGUAGAGAGACGCCAGAUCGAAGAGGUCCUCGCCUCGCUCGAUCAGGCCAGUGCUUGGGUCCCGCAAGAGGCUCCUGUUGCAGGUGCACCAGCCGACCCGGAAUCCAACCAGCCACCCGUUGGCAAAAUUCCAGUGCCCGUCAUGAACGGGGCCGAGCCCGUCGGAUCCGGAGACCCAACGACACGUCCGAAUGGCACUGCUCAAGGAAAAGCUGCUGCCGCGGCCGCCAACGACGCUGCUACUACAGCUCACAACAGCCGCUCCGCUGCAGCCAAAGAGGAUGGCAAUUCCGAGAACGGGAUCAAGUACGUGCCUGUCUGGCUCGAUUACAAGGUCGCUCACGGACACUACGAGGGCUACUGCAAGGCUACCCUCUGGCCUCUUUUCCACUACCUGCUCUGGCAAGAUGUCAACUCGGAGCGACGAGCCUGGGAAGACUACAGCUGGGAAGCCUACUAUGCCGCCAACGAGGCCUUUGCCAAGCGUGUCGCCCAAGAAUACAAGCCUGGCGAUCUCGUCUGGAUCCACGACUACCACCUUCUGCUCGUACCGCUCAUGCUCCGCAAGCUCGUGCCCGACGCCGUCAUCGGCCUGUUCGUACACGCACCAUUCCCCAGUAGCGAGGUGUUCCGCUGCCUGCCCAAGAGGAAAGAGAUACUCGAGGGAAUGCUCGGUGCGGAUCUGGCAUGCUUCCAAGCCUUUAGCUAUUCGCGCCACUUUUUGUCAUCUUGCAUCCGCGUGUGCGGCUACGAGGCUUCGUCGAAUGCGGUCGAGUCGGCUUCUGGCCACGUUACCAACAUCACCUACAAUCCGAUCGGCAUCGACUCGGUCAAGAUCGCCAAGGACAGCUCGUCCGAGGGCGUGCUACCCAAGAUCGAGGCCAUUCGCGAGAUGUACAAGGGCAAGAAGAUUUUGGUGGGCAGGGACAAGCUCGACGUAGUGCGCGGUGUGGUGCAGAAGCUGCAGGCCUUCCAUAAGUUUUUGGCAGAGUAUCCCGAGUGGCGCAAUAAGGUGGUGUUGAUCCAGGUGACGGCGCCUGCGCUCAACGACUCGCCCAAGCUCGAGAGGCAGGUUUCGGAGCUGGUCUCGCACAUCAAUGGCGAGUUUGGCUCGCUCAGCUUCACACCUGUGCACCACUACCAUCAGAUCAUCGACAGGGACGAGUAUUUUGCGCUGCUCUCGGUCGCCGACCUUGCGCUCAUCACAUCGGUUCGCGACGGCAUGAACACCACGUCGAUGGAGUACAUCAUCUGCCAGAACAAGUUCAACAAGAGCCCACUCAUCCUCUCCGAGUUCACCGGCACAGCAGGUCGGAUGCGCUCGGCGAUCCAGGUGAAUCCGUGGAACAUCUUUGGCGUCGCCAAGGCGAUCGACUACGCGCUUCGUCUGACGGAGGAGGAGAAGCGGGCGAGGCACGACCAGCUAUACCAUCAGGUGGUGAUGCACACCUCGCACACGUGGGCAGCGGGCCUUGUUAAGCAGCUCUUGACGCGUCUGCACAACGAACACUCGGCGCACCUGACGCCGCCGUUGGAUCGAAAGGAGAUGGUGGAAAAGUAUAGGAAUGCCAAGAAGCGGUUGUUGCUGCUGGACUAUGAUGGAACGUUGACGCCAAUUGUCAAGGUGCCUGAGAUGGCGUUGCCUUCGGAGAGGCUGCUCAAGGCGUUGGAUGUGCUGUCGAACGACGAGAAGAAUGUGAUUUACAUCAUCUCUGGUCGCGAUGGUGGAUUCUUGGGUAAGCAUUUGGGACACUUUAGAGGAAUCGGUUUCUCUGCGGAGCACGGUGGAUUUGUCAAGGAGCCAGGGCUGGACGAGUAUCACAACCUGACGGAAGACCUCGAUAUGACGUGGAUGAAGGAUAUCCGUAGCGUGUUCGAGUACUACACGGAACGAACCGCGGGAAGCUUCAUCGAGCAGAAGAAGAGCGCCAUCACAUGGCACUAUCGAGGUGCCGACCCGGACUUUGGUUCUUUCCAGGCAAAGGAGUGCCAAGCGCAUCUCGAGAACCUCACUUCUCAGAACAAGUUGGCCAUCGAGGUUCUCGUCGGCAAGAAGAAUUUGGAAGUUCGGCCUCUGGCAAUCAACAAAGGAGAGAUUGUCAAGAGGAUCCUUUACGAUCAUCCGGAUGCCGAGUUCGUCUUCUGCGCUGGAGACGACAAGACUGACGAAGACAUGUUUAGGACGCUGUACAACCUGUCACCUUCGACACCGGAGAUGGAAGCCGCAACGUCGGAUUCAGCUCAUCUCGAAGCACCCAAGGAUCUGACGAGACAGGUGCCGAAAGAUCAGGCUCUGAUCAUCAGCCCUCCGACUCCGUUGAAGGCGAACACUCCUGUGGGAAGUCCGAAGAAGCUCAGGUUGACCAGAGGCGGCAUCUAUACGACCAUGAUCGGUCCGAACAACAGAAAAACCCUUGCGGAAUGGCACGUGGAUAGCUGCGAGAGGAUCAUCGACGGGUUGGCUGAGAUGGCGGGGAUUGCGAAUCCGGAGGACGAUGCACCUAGCGAGAGCAGAGAUGUGGAAGAGUAA